CACCCCUGGAUAUGAGAGGGGCUCUGAAUCAAGGACUGAGGAGCAGGGGUUGUCCUGUGACUCCUAGGGGAUUCCUGUGCUGCCGUCAAGCAGCCCCCAACUUGUUGCACUCUCAAUGUUUCCCCCUGCCUUUUGAGGGGUUUGUUGUUGGCUGAACAGGGCACGUUUUUGUGUUCCUGGGCUGUGCGUUCUUCCAGACACCCAGCUGUGCCAGGGAGAAAGAGAGAAGCAGAAAAAGAAGAAACAGAAAAAGAAGAAACAGAAAAAGAAGAAACAGAAGAAGGGAGGCAGGAUUAUGGCUUUAAGAAUCGCAGGAUCUGUGGGCUUAUUUUAUAGGUGCGAAGUAGAAACUGCCCAUUCAUCACUGAGAAAUGAAAAAAUACCAUAGAGAACAUGCGCUUUCCUGCCAAAGAAGGAGAAGGAGCGAAGAGCAUCCCUAUUUCAUUCCACAUAUUUUCCUCUGACAGGAUUAUUAAUGCCAUUAGAGAUAAUUGAAUGAAGUGGAAGGUCUGGUGGAGGUGCAGAAGCAGGAGGUGGAUCUGUAAAACCCAUCCCCACACAAAAAGCUGAAUGCUGCGCCGGAGGGAGGGCACUCUGCCUCGAAACAGGCAAGGAGCAGCCUCACAAGGACGUGCAGCUGGGGCGCUUGUUGCUGUUUUGUUCCCAGAAAACGAGAACUGCCAGCAAUCCUCUGGCAUCUGAAUAGACCCGUGUCAGACAAACUGUAUCUGGACUUGAUGGGAAACCAAGCUGGAAUACCAAGCAGCCCUUCGAUCCGCUCGCAGAGCGGGGGACUGGCUCCGUAAGUGAUCUUUCCCUGCAGUUGCAAAGGUGCUCCAUAAAGGAGCGAGCCCUCUCGCUGCACAGCCCUGCAAGACACGCCUGCCUGGGCUGUCUCUGUCCUCAUUCCUCCAAACCAGUGCCAACAAUAACAGCAACUCCUGCCUGCCGCUGCCUCGCCGGGGGGAAGAUGCGUUUUUCCUUUCUCUACUGAGUGAUGAAGCUUCCAAAUCCGUGUGAUGUGAGCAGGUGAGGAUGUCUGCUGACAAGUCCAAAUGAUAUUUUCAGGUGUUCUACUCAUCUUGGCACUGACCGAAGAGCUGGUGUUUUCUGUUCAGGUCCUGUCCCCCGCCGUGUCCUCCUCUCAGGGCCUCCCGACGGACGCUGCCGCUGUCUCAGCCAUGGGAUCGACGCCCGGCCACCGGGGCCACCACGCGGCGCAGCCCGCUCCCAGCCCCGCCGUUCCCCAUCCCCUGGGCCUGGCGGGGAGCAACGCGUCCGCUGGCCAGGAGCCGGCCGGCGGCCCUCAGGGCGGCGAGAAGGAAACGCAGCACUUGUACAACCAGAGCGCCUUCUACUCGGGACAGACUCGCCCCAAGGGGAAAAUAUUCCAGAUUUUCAAAGGCAACUUCACAGAGUCCUCGGAGCCUUACCUAAAGAGCACCCUGCACUCUCCCUUCCCCACCCUGAGGAGCCCUUUCACAGACCAUCCCUUUCAGCCCCAGACUGCAACCCCCAGCGAUCCCAGUGGCACGGGGCUGGCCAGAACUACACCCUCAGAGCCUUCUCCCCACCCCGACACCUCGGGAAGCUUUAGGGAGGCAGAGCGAGGGGAGGGGGCCGGGCGAGUCGUGCAGAAAGCAGAUUUUGCCACCACAACUGCUGGACCGUCCGCUGACCCCGAAGCAGUGUCGGUGCCUUUUAAACCCACCCGCUACGGCGUGUGGGAUAUGCUGAGCAAAAACAACUCUUGGGUAACCCUGAAUCUCAGUACAAACGUCCCCUUGUUUGCUGGCCCUGGAACUGCAGCAGCAGCAGCGGGUCACUCUGUUCAGACCAGCUUUGAUGUCAACAUCUCCUCCCCGGCAGCGGGGGACCCCACGGGCAGCGCCCCGCCGCAGCAGGGCCAGGUGACGGACACCACCCUGCUGGGCAGCGCUCUCUCCACGGUGCCCGCCACCAGGUUGUCCAGCUCCAUGUCCACUGCUGGCUCCACCGCCACUGGGAACUUCCUCAACAGACUGGUUCCUGCCGGGACCUGGAAACCCGGGGUGCAAGGAAAUAUCUCCCACGUCACCGAGGGGGACAAGCCCCAGCACAGAGCGACCAUCUGCCUCAGCAAGAUGGACAUUGCCUGGAUCAUUCUGGCUAUCAGCGUACCUAUAUCCUCAUGUUCAGUUCUGCUGACAGUCUGCUGCAUGAGGAGGAAGAAAAAGACAUCUAACCCAGAAAACAAUCUGAGCUAUUGGAAUAAUGCUAUUACCAUGGACUACUUCAACAGGCAUGCUGUGGAGUUACCGAGAGAGAUCCAGUCCCUGGAGACAUCAGAGGACCACCUCUCCGAGCCGCGCUCCCCGGCCAACGGCGACUACCGCGACAGUGGGAUGGUCCUGGUGAACCCCUUCUGUCAGGAGACGCUAUUUGUAGGACAUGAGCAAGUCUCUGAAAUAUGACCCCACAGCUGCCCUCGUCUUGCAGUUUCAUCUCUACUGUCUCCAAAUUAUAAAUAAAUAUAUAUAUUAUAAAUAUAACCUUUGUGUAACCCUGAAUUACAAGAAAUGUUUUCAGCUUUUCUUUUUUUUUUUUUUUUUCCCUCAAAUUGU